CACUAGAGCAAAGUCUCUAAGAAGAUAUUACAUUUAAUUUUGCUUGAAUUUGACGUGAUAAAGAUGGAAAACACUUCAAUGAAUCAUAGCAAGCCACAUCCACCUUGUCUACCACCAGAUGUCUAUUCUCUUGAUGUUCAUCGUGGCUUUUACAGCAACGGCUUCAUCUUGACUUUCAUCAUUAUCAACGCCGUACUUGCUUUUAUUUCUUCAUGCAACAAUUUUGUGAUUAUUUACACUAUAGCAAGAACAGCAUCCAUCCAAGUUCCUUCGAAUAUCCUUGUUCUUGGCUUAGCCAUAUCUGACUUUGGAGUUGGCAUACUCGCACAGCCUGCAUACAGCAUCUUUAAGUUCUUCGAGAUGAAGCGUUUUGUUUCUCUUUACUGUACGUUUGGUUUAGUUAACAGCUACAGCAAUUGGACUCUUGCACCUGUUUCUUUUUUCACAAUAACAGCUAUCACAGUAGAUCGAUUCCUGGCCGUCCAUCUUCAUUUGCGAUACCUUGAACUUGUCACUGUCAGAAAAUAUGGCAUUCUUCUUGGAUAUAUUUGGGUCAUGAGUGUAGUUAUAUGUACUUGCCGAAUGCAACUGUCCCAUAUGUCAUUCAUCCGAGUCGUUGGAGUUUUCUCGCUUGUAUUUUUAAUAACAUUGAAUCUUUUUUUCCUCGUGAAAAUAUUUCAAGUCAUCCGGCGACACUCAAUACAGAUCCACGCCCAACAACAAUCAGUACAACAGUCUAUAGACAUGCCUAGAUACAAGAAAUCCGUCAACACCAUGUACUAUGUGAUUGGUGCGUUCUUGGUGUGUUAUGUUCCAUUUACAGGAAUGAUGGCCGUCAAUAGUGAUCCUAAUGAAAAGAUAACACAGAACAAAUUGAUAAUGAUGGUGGUUACAGAGACGCUUGUCAUGUUGAAUGGAGUGUUGAAUCCAAUAAUCUACUUUUGGAGAAUCCAGGAGAUACGCCAUGCGGCCUUUCAAUUAUUUCGAAAAAGCUUCAGAAAUGUCCAGCCAUGA